UUGCCGAUGGAAUUUAGCCUGAGCAACGACGUCGUAGUCGCCGCCGUGGCCGUGGCGGCGGCGUACGUUGUGUAUUCAUAUCUGUCCACGCCGGCAACACCUACACAUGCGCCAGUGUCGAAGGCGCCUUCCAAAGAGAAGCCCACUGGCGAGCCUGAAGUGCCACAGCAACGGUACUUCACGUUGGACGAGCUCAGGGAGUUCAAUGGAGAGGGUGACAAGCCCAUCUACAUUGCAAUCAAAGGCGUGGUCUACGAUGUAAGCCGAAGGCGCGACUUCUACGGACCCGGGGAAGGCUACCAUUUGUUUGCAGGUCGAGAAGCUGCCCGCGCAUUGGCCAAGAUGUCAUUUGAACCAGCCGACUUGGACAACACGGACAUCAGCGAUCUCAACUUUAUGGAAAAAGAGAUCCUCAAGGACUGGGUCGACAAGUUCACUGACUACAACUCGUAUCCGAUCGUGGGACGCGUUCUCCAGCAAAAGGACCUGACCCUAGACGAACUGAGCGCGUACACUGUGUUGCCAGUGUACGUGGCGCUGCGAGGGGUGAUUUACGACGUGACAUUGGGUGGCCUGGAGCACUACGGACCCAACGGAGGCUACAAAAUGUUUGCCGGUCGCGAUGCCACUCGCGCGUUGGCGCUUAUGUCGUUUGACCAGGAGAAUCUUGAUCACCCAACCGAAGAAGGGUUGACGGAGACGCAGAUCAAGACCCUGGCUGACUGGGAAGCAAAGUUCCAGUCCAAGUAUCGAGUCGUGGGCAAGGUUGUUGCCUCCAGCUAGUCUUCUGGGCACAUCGUCGAUGGACCGCUCGACGGAGUUUCGGGUCAUUUCGAUCUCAAUUUAAAAAAAUUGACCACGGUAAACUGGA